AUGAUCAUAAAGGAGUACCGCAUCCCUCUGCCGAUGACCGUGGAGGAGUACCGCAUCGCCCAGCUCUACAUGAUCCAGAAGAAGAGCCGCACCGAGACGCAUGGCGAAGGCAGCGGCGUGGAGAUCCUGGAGAACCGGCCGUACACGGACGGCCCCGGCGGCUCCGGGCAGUACACGCACAAGGUGUACCACGUGGGCAGGCACAUCCCCAGCUGGUUCCGCUCCAUCCUGCCCAAGGCGGCCCUGCGGGUGGUGGAGGAGUCCUGGAACGCCUACCCCUACACGCGGACCAGGUUCACGUGCCCUUUCGUGGAGAAGUUCUCCAUCGACAUUGAGACCUAUUAUAAAAGCGAUGCCGGAGAAAACCCCAACGUCUUCAGCCUGUCCCCCGUGGAGAGGAGCCAGCUGGUGAUCGACUUCAUCGACAUCGUCAAGGAUCCCGUGCCCUCCAACGAUUACAAGACGGAAGAGGACCCCAGGCUGUUCCACUCGGUCAAGACGCAGCGGGGGCCGCUGUCGGACAACUGGAUCCAGGAGUACAAGCAGCAGGUGUUCCCCAUCAUGUGCGCCUACAAGCUGUGCAAGGUGGAGUUCCGCUACUGGGGCAUGCAGUCCAAGAUCGAGAGGUUUAUCCACGACACGGCGCUGCGGAAGGUGAUGGUGCGGGCGCACCGGCAGGCCUGGUGCUGGCAGGACGAGUGGUACGGGCUGAGCAUGGAGGACAUCCGGGAGCUGGAGAAGGAGGCGCAGCUCAUGCUGUCCCGGAAGAUGGCCCAGUUCAAGGAGCACGAGGAGGAGCCCGAGCAGCUGUCCAAGGGCGAGGCCGGCCCCGACCGCCCCCCCGGGGAGCCCCCCCAGCCCGGCAGCAGCUCGCCGCCCCUGGCCGGCCGUGGCCUGAAGAAGCAGUGGUCCACGUCCUCCAAGUCCUCGCGGUCGUCCAAGCGGGGAGCCAGCCCUUCCCGCCACAGCAUCUCCGAGUGGAGGAUGCAGAGUAUCGCCCGGGACUCAGACGAGAGCUCCGAGGAUGAGUUCUUCGAUGCGCAAGAGGACCUGUCCGACUCGGAGGAAACCUUCCCCAAGGACAUCAGCAAGUGGAACUCCAAUGACCUCAUGGACAAGAUCGAGAGCCCCGAGCUGGAGGACACGCAGGACGGGCUAUACCGGCAGGCCACCCCGGAGUUCAGGGUGGCCUCCAGCGUGGAGCAGCUGAACACCAUUGAGGACGAGGUCAGCCCGCCGCUGGCCAUGCCGCCCUCCAAGAUCCACGUGCUGCUGCUGGUGCUGCACGGGGGCACCAUCCUGGAUACGGGCGCCGGGGACCCCAGCUCCAAGCAGGGCGACACCAACACCAUCGCCACCGUGUUUGACACCGUCAUGCGCGUGCACUACCCCAGCGCCCUGGGCCGCCUGGCCAUCCGCCUGGUGCCCUGCCCGCCCGUCUGCGCCGAUGCCUUCGCCCUGGUCUCCAACCUCAGCCCCUACAGCCACGACGAAGGCUGUCUGUCCAGCAGCCAGGACCACAUCCCCCUGGCCGCCCUGCCCCUGCUGGCCACCUCCUCGCCCCAGUACCAGGAGGCGGUUGCCACGGUGAUCCAGCGGGCCAACCUCGCCUACGGGGACUUCAUCAAGUCCCAGGAGGGCGUGACCUUCCACGGGCAGGUGUGCCUGAUCGGGGACUGCGUGGGGGGCAUCCUGGCCUUCGACGCCCUGUGCUACAGCAGCCAGCCGGUGUCCGAGAGCCAGAGCAGCAGCCGCAGGGGCAGCGUGGCCAGCGUGCAGGACACUGACCUGCUGUCCCCGGGCAUCCUGGUGAACUCGUCGCACGGCGGCGGCGGCGGCGGCGGAGGAGGAGGCAGUGGCGGUGGUGGUGGCGGUGGCGGCGGUGGCGGUGGCGGCGGCAGCCUGGAGAGCAGCAGGCACCUGAGCCGCAGCAGCAUCGACAUCCCCCGUAGCAACGGCACCGAGGACCCCAAAAGGCAGCUGCCCCGGAAGAGGAGCGACUCGUCCACCUACGAGCUGGACACCAUCCAGCAGCACCAGGCCUUCCUGUCCAGCCUCCACGCGAGCGUGCUGAGGAACGAGCCCGGCUCCCGCCGCUCCAGCAGCUCCACCAUGCUGGACGGCACGGGGGCCCUGGGCCGGUUCGACUUCGAGGUCGCCGACCUCUUCCUCUUCGGGUGCCCGCUGGGGCUGGUCCUGGCCUUGAGGAAGACGGUCAUCCCCAGCCUGGAUGUGUUCCAGCUGCGGCCCGCCUGCCAGCAAGUGUACAACCUGUUCCACCCCGCGGACCCGUCGGCCUCGCGCCUGGAGCCCCUGCUGGAGCGGCGAUUCUUCGCCCUGCCGCCCUUCAGCAUCCCCCGCUACCAGCGCUACCCGCUGGGGGACGGCUGCUCCACGCUGCUGGUCGAGACCGUGCAGAGAAACCCCGAGCUGGUCCUGGAGGGCGGCCCCCUGACCCCCCUCCCCGGGGACGGCUUCCUGGAAACCAGUAUCCCAGUUCCCGAGCUCACCUGGCAAGACGGGCCCCGCCCGAGCCCGAGCCCGAGCCCGAGCCCGGGCUGUGCUGAGUCCGAGGCGCUCCAGACCCACAACACACUUUUCCAAGAGCACAUGGCCCCCUCCUCGCCCGGCGCGGCCUCCAGCACCCGGGGCUUCCGGCGAGCCAGCGAGAUCAGCAUCGCCAGCCAGGUGUCGGGCAUGGCUGAGAGCUACACCGUCUCCGGCAUUGCCCAGAUUGCUGCGAAGUGGUGGGGCCAGAAGCGGAUCGACUACGCCCUGUACUGCCCCGACGCCCUGACAGCCUUCCCCACCGUGGCCCUGCCACACCUCUUCCACGCCAGCUACUGGGAAUCCACCGACGUGGUCUCCUUCCUGCUGAGACAGGUCAUGAGGCACGACAACUCUAGCAUCUUGGAGCUGGACGGCAAGGAGGUCUCGGUGUUCACACCCUCGAAGCCGAGAGAGAAGUGGCAGCGCAAGAGGACCCACGUGAAGCUGCGGAACGUGACAGCCAACCACCGGAUCAAUGACGCCGUCGCCAACGAGGACGGCCCGCAGGUGCUGACGGGCCGGUUCAUGUACGGGCCCCUGGACAUGGUCACCCUGACGGGGGAGAAGGUGGACGUGCACAUCAUGACGCAGCCGCCCUCAGGGGAGUGGCUGUACCUGGACACGCUGGUGACCAACAGCAGCGGGCGCGUGUCCUACGCCAUCCCCGAGACGCACCGCCUGGGCGUGGGCGUGUACCCCGUGAAGAUGGUGGUCAGGGGAGACCACACGUUUGCCGACAGCUACAUCACCGUGCUGCCCCGGGGCACGGAGUUCGUUGUCUUCAGCAUCGACGGCUCCUUCGCCGCCAGCGUGUCCAUCAUGGGCAGCGACCCCAAAGUGCGGGCCGGCGCCGUGGACGUGGUGCGGCACUGGCAGGACCUGGGCUACCUCAUCAUCUACGUGACGGGCCGGCCCGACAUGCAGAAGCAGCGGGUGGUGGCGUGGCUGGCCCAGCACAACUUCCCCCACGGCGUGGUGUCCUUCUGCGACGGCCUGGUGCAUGACCCGCUGCGGCACAAGGCCAACUUCCUGAAGCUGCUCAUCUCCGAGCUGCACCUGCGCGCGCACGCGGCCUACGGCUCCACCAAGGACGUGGUGGUCUACAGCUCCAUCAGCCUGUCCCCCAUGCAGAUCUACAUCGUGGGCCGGCCCACCAAGAAGCUGCAGCAGCAGUGCCAGUUCAUCACGGACGGCUACGCGGCCCACCUGGCCCAGCUCAAGUACAACCACCGGGCGCGGCCGGCCCGCAACACGGCCACCCGCAUGGCGCUGCGCAAGGGCAGCUUCGGCCUGCCCGGCCAGGGCGACUUCCUGCGCUCCCGCAACCACCUGCUCCGGACCAUCUCGGCCCAGCCCAGCGGGCCCGGCCUCCGGCACGAGCGGACGCAGAGCCAGCCGGACGGCGGCGAGCAGCGAGGCCAGCGCAGCAUGAGCGUGGCGGCCGGCUGCUGGGGCCGGACCAUGGCCGGCCGGCUGGACCCGGGGGCGGCCGCGGGCCCCAAGUAG